CUCUUUGACCCUCUGUGCUCUUCAGAGGAACCUACCAACAACCUACGCAAGAAUCAGCCAUAACGUACCAACUCAUCUCUGUAACGUAUCGAUUAAUGGUGGUUCUACCAUUGGAAUCUACUCAUUGAUCAGUUGAGGCGUUUGCUAAAGUCUACGGUCGACAGUAACGCGAGAAUUAGCGAAGAAGGAAAAUGGCUGGAAUAUCGUCGACCGUUUAUAACGCUUUAUUUAAGAGGACCUCGACUUUUGCCCUCACAAUCUUAGUUGGUAGUUUCUUCUUUGAACGAGCAUUCGAUCUAGUGUCGACAAGUAUUUUCGAAAGUGUUAACAAAGGAAAAUUAUGGAAAGACAUAAAGCACAAGUACGAGAAAUAAUAGCUCGUGGAUACUUUUAAGUUUGAACAUGUAAGAUAAUAGAUGGAAAACGAGCAGUCUGGUACUUUGUGUAGAUGAAUAAAUUUACAGAAACAAAAA